GCCUGUUCACAGAACAACGCAUGAACACAACAUUGUGUGGAAUAUGUUAAAGACAGUUCCUGAUUUAAGCUCUCACCUAGAUGAUCAACAUCUGAAAAAACUUAGUAGGAAAGUCACUUCCCAAACCUGGGUCAAAGGCAGCACAGUGAUUGGAGAUGAUGGAUUUUAUGUAAUCCUUAAAGGCAUAGCUCGACCUCGUACGAAGAUAUGUACAAAUCUGACUGAUAAAACUGGCUCAGUGUCCUUCCUACCUGAGAACAACACUAUUUUUGAUCUGCAGUUAAAAAGCUCUACACUUGCUGAGCUUUAUGUACCUAAAGGAAAUAUAGUGCUCAGACAAUGGAAUACCUUUGGAUCCCUUGAUGAAACAUCUGGUUCUGAUACAGAAAUAUUUCCAUUAUCUGUGGUGACAGAAGAAGAUUGUGAAAUUCUGAAAAUCUCAGCCAAGGAUUAUGCCAACUUUAAGACUGAAAAUUCAAAGUAUGAUAAAAUGCAAAAGAUGAAACUGAUUCGUAAGUGUCCUUAUUAUGAAAACUGGCCUACUUUAUCCAUAUAUGAACUAACUUCAUUCACUAAAUGGAAAAAAUUUCCUCCAGAUCAUGUGAUAGUGGAAAGUGGAGAAGUCAUUUCCUUUAUGGCAUUUAUUAAUUAUGGGUAUUGUAAUGUUUAUAGAAGCAUCGUGGGACUAGUAAAACAACCAUUAAACAAAGUGAAAAAAAUUCGAAAGCUCAUUUAUGUGGGUAGACUAAAUGAGAAGGAGUCCUUUGGUGAGAUUAGCAUUCUUCUCCAAGUUCCUGUUACAUGCACAAUCAUUACUGGAACAGAGGUAGAGAUGGCAAUCAUUGAAGAUGAAGACAUAUUUGGAAAAAAUUUAGAUUAUGUGACCAGGCAACUUAUGAUCCAAACAGCUAAACCAACUUUUGGCCAUCUGAAAGAAGAAGAUGUCAAAUAUGAAUAUAUACAAAAAGAACAACAGAAAGAAUGGAAACAUUUUAAGGAUAUUACCUUAAACAAAUCUUUGUUUCAUAAUGGAAUUGUUCCAGGCUUUGGUAGAUGGACUCAUGAGUGGCCAAGCAUUCCCAGGAAUCUCAAGAAUAUUCUCAUUGAUUAA